AUGAGGUCGGCCUCGCCGCAGGUAUUGGGUUCACCCUCGGCUCCCAUACCAUGGGAGACUAAGCGACCGCGCGUAGAGGCCCUUACAAACCCCGGCCGUUACCUACCUAUACGGGUCAGCAUGGGUCAGCAUUUCGCGCUUGGGGUAAUGCGCUGCAUCUCUUUUCUAUUGCUCACAUCCCCCGCCUUUCUGACAACUACCGCCCUUCCGCCAAAAAGAAAAGCGGCACAGCAAACGGAAAAAUGUGGAUGGGAACUGGAGGUAGGUAAGCUUAGUGAGGUCAGGUAG